AUGACGGAGGACAUUCAAAACUUAGACCUAGCUGCCCAUGACACCUCUCCCGAUGCCAUGGUUGUUGGCACCUUCACCAAGAAGAUACUACCAUCCUGGCUUGGCCCCUCCCUGAUCUGCACGAAAGACGAUGUUCUCCCUGGUUACGAACCUGUCGCUCUGAAGCAUCUUCUUCCCCCGAUCGCCCAAGAGGCCAUUAGGCACACCAGGCCGGAGAACCUUUCAACGGGCAAGCCACUAGAAGAGUUCAUCGAGCGUGCGGUCGUCGACUUCACCUGCUUCACCAUGUCCGAUGAUAUCGAUAUUUUUACACUGGACGGAAUGAUCUCCGUGCUUCUGCAAGGCUGCGCCGUUGGUGUCACUCAAAGUAACAUCGGAAUCAUCGGCGAUCAAUCCAAGAACAAGGCUGUCACAGGGCCCGAGACAGUGCCCAGCAACAUCGCCAUGAUUGACAAACAACAUGGCUAUGGUGACUCCAAGCCCGCUGAGGGGAACAAACACCCACCACGAGGUAGUACUGAACAUCACGAAGCCAGCUUACCACACUAUCAACUGUACCUCCGGGACAGCCCUCUCAUUCCUACGACCAUACGCCAAUCUCUCCUCGAACUCGAUACGGCAUUGACCUCGUACAAGAAGACCCUUACGCAGGAGGGUUUAGCUUUCAAUAAUGUGGACUUGCAAGAUGGAACGACUACGCGCCAACCGGUACUUUGGAAGCUCUUUCCUGUGUCCGUCCGCUUCAAUGAAAAAAGGUCCUGGUGGCAGACCUCAGCUUUCCAGUACCAGCUCGGUGCAUGA